AUGUCUGGAGAAAUAUUCAAUCCCAACCCAACCGUGUUUCGCUCAUCUGCUAAGUCUCACUCUUCUCGAUCACUUUCGACUGCCAAAAAAUCCCUAUGGAUCAAUGAGCCUGAAUGGUCCCAGCCAGAUCAAGAGACGGAUGAGGAGGAGGAAGCGAUAGAUCAGGAUGAAAUUUUUGAUCUCAUUAGGAACAUCUACGACCCCGAGCAUCCGAAUACACUUGAAGAAUUACAUGUCGUUUCUGCUCCUCAAAUUGACAUUGGAGAGAACCGGGUCAAGGUAGAAUUCACGCCUACUGUACCACAUUGCGGCAUGUCCACUCUUAUAGGUUUAUCCAUCCGGGUCCGACUUAUAAGAAGCUUACCAACUCGAUUCAAGCUGGACAUCGUCGUUAAACCUGGGUCGCAUCAGAGCGAAAAUGCAGUGAACAAGCAGUUAAAUGACAAGGAACGAGUUGCAGCUGCUUUGGAAAACCCUGCAUUGGUGAAGACCGUAGAGGAUUGUCUCACAGGCCGUGUAUAG